GGAGGAGGAAGAGGGCAGGGGGGGACCAGAGGCAGCCCCCUCCCCCCCGCGCAGCCCCUGAGCAAUAUCACACUAAUCCCACCAUCCAAUACAGCGAAUAUUGCACAGCCUCCCCCAUCCCACACUCCUAUGGACAGACACCUGCAGGAGGGACCCUGCUGAUCCGGGACCAUGGAGGACUGCCUGCACACCUCCUCCGAAAACCUGUCGAAGCUGGUGAGCUGGGCCCACAGCCACGGCACCAUCUGCAGCCUCAUCCCCAACCUCAAGCACCUGCUCUCCGAGGGCGCCCACGGCAACCUGACGGCCAUGUGGGGCUGCAGCGCCGGCCAUGCCUACCACUGGCCCCUGGCGGCCACCUGCCGGGCCGGCUCCCAGGAGCGCGUCUGCUUCCAGGACAGCCGCAGCUUCAACUCGGACAGCCCCAGCAUCAUCGGGGUGCCCUCGGAGGCGCAGGCCAGCCCCCUGGAGCGCUACCCGGGGCGGCCGGGCAAGGCCAAGCUGGACUGCACCCGCACCCGCGACUCCUGCGACUUCUCCUACUGCAGCGAGCCCUCGGAGCUGGGCGAGCCUGUGGAGGAGUACGAGGACGAGGCCACCCUCUUCGACAUGGUCUGCGAGUCCUCCGUCACCGACGAGGACAGCGACUUCGAGCCGCACCCGCACCGGGCCCCCACCGCCUCCCGCAAGCGGCUCGCCGCCAGCCUCUGCCCCGCCGCCCCGGCCCCAGCUGCCGACGAGGGCGGCGGAGAGGUGAUCGUCAAGAAGAUAAAGCAGGAGCUGCCGGAGGACUACUACAUCGUGGCCAACGCCGAGCUGACUGGCGGCGUGGACGGGCCGGCCCUCUCGCUGACGCAGAUGUCCAAGCCCAAGCCCCAGGCCCACGCCGGGGCCUCCUACUCGUGCUCGGCCAAGCCUGCACCGCUGGCAGCCCCGGCGCCGGGCGCCGACCUCGACCUGCAGGGCACCUCCGCCUCCUCCCCUGUCCUGCCCCGGCCGCCUGCCCAGAAGCCGGCCCGGGGGGCCGUGGCCUCCCCGGGGCGGGGGUCCGGCCCACAGGCACCGGUGAGCAGCUCCAACGCCACCGGGAAGCCCAUCAGCAUCCCCCUGUCGGCCCUGCAGCUGCCCGGGCAGGAGGAGCCCCCGGGCACCGAGGACGCCCCGCCGCCGGCCCCCAACCCAGCCCCGGGCUGCGAGGCGGCCUCCUCCCCGUCGGUGAGCGCCGAGCCCGAGGUCAGCUCCAGCCAGCAGCAGCCCCAUGCCGCCCUCGCCGGCCCCGCCGAGGCGCCGGCGCCGGCCAUGCCAGACCAGGACGAGAGAGCGGCGGAGCUCAGCAGGGAGCAGAACGAGAAGACCAUUCGCAGCACGCAGACGGCUCUCCGCAACUUCCGGGAGUUCCUUAUCUCCAAGUACCCCUCUGAGACCCGGGAGAUCUACGUCAUCCCCUGCAAAGAGCUCGAUGCCUACCUUGCGUCCUUCUUUGUGGAUGCCAGACAAAAGGACGGGUCUGAGUAUGAGCCAAACAGCCUGGCCAACUACCAGUGCGGGCUGGAGCGGUAUCUCAAGGAGCACAGGUAUGGGUACAGUAUUACCAGGGAUAAGGAGUUCAAGAGGUCCCAGGAAGCUCUAAAACAAAAGCAGAUCGAGCUGAGGUGUAAAGGAAAAGGAAACAAGCCACACAAAUCCAUGAAGCUCACCUUUGCUGAUGAACUUAUCCUGCGCAAAAGAGGUUUGCUGAGCCGGUACAAUCCUGAAGGGUUGCUGAACCUUGUCUGGCUAAACAACACGAAGGCGUUUGGACACUGCACAGGUUUCCAUGGGUCCACCCUCAAGUGGGGAGACAUCCGCCUCCGGGUGACAGAGACGGGGUUGGAGUACCUGGAGUGGAUGGGGCCGGACAACGGAGAUGUGAAUGCCAAGAGCAAGCGAGGAGGGACAGACUCCCGGGUGUACGCCACCCAGCACUCCCCGCAGACCUGCCCUGUGCAGGACUACAAGGAGUAUGCCCAGCGGCGGCCCCCCGCCAUGCGCUAUGAGGACGCACCUUUCUACCUAUCCAUCAAACCCGUUGUCAACUUGGCCGCACUCCACUGGUACAAUUGCCAAGCCCUGGGGAAAAACAAGCUUGCCAAGAUGGUAAAGACAAUGUGCGAGAAAGGCAACAUCCCCGGCAGGAAGACCAACUUCAGCGUCUACCAGAGCUGUAGCACCCUGUCAGAAGCACAGAGCAACCAGCUCGUGCUGAUCUGUAAUAACUUGAGCCAGCAAGCUGCCCAGUCCAUGGCAAGCCACUCCAACACUGGCAACUUCAUAGUGUCAGCUUCCUAUGACUCUUCCUCCGACACAGCUUGAAAGAGGGAUAUAAGCUGAACAGUUUAUUCUUUUCCUUUUUGUUUCAAACAUUGAAUUUGUGCCCAAUAAUACACAUCAACUGUGAUUGUACACUAUUCCCCCCCCCCACCCCUCUCCAGUGUUAAUUCACUUUAUAAAAAUAUAUAAAUAUAUAAUAUAUUUUUCUUCUUACAAAUAAGUCAAUAGAAAUAGUUUAGUAAUACUAACGUAGUAUUUAUAGUGUUAAUACAAAAAUGAAAGCUACUUAUGGGUUAUAAUAUAAUUGCAGAUUUUUAAAGGGCAAAAGUGGUUCUCAGGCAAUGCAGGAUAGACUGGAAAUACCGUUUUUAACAUGCACACGUCAGUGAGUGUAAAUCCCCAGAGAGGCUUACAUAGGGAUUCUAUUUUAAAGUAUUUUUUCCAACUUCUUAUUUUAACCUCCUAGAGUGGAGGAGGCAAACUUUAUCAUUGGCUGCUGCUUCUUGUCUGCUGGCUUGUUCUUCAUCAGCAAGACCAGGAAAUCAGUGAGAGACAUCAGUGUAAGUUUGUGAAACCAUUUAGAACAAUUUCUGUCUGCUUUUUCUUUUAUUUCCUAACUCUCAUUUAUGCCAGUUGGAAAAAACCAAAUUCCUGAAGUCAGCUAAGAAAUAUUUUUAACUUUUUUUUGUUGACGAUUCUCAGUGAUCAAAAUGUCACUGGCCUUUAGUCUGAAAAGUAUUGUUUUCAACAAUAUGCAAAAGUUUAAUGAAAAAAACAAAAACACUGUUACACAGAUAGUUUUAACUGCUUAAAGUAAAAACUGGUCAUUAGUAUUUUGUCAUUGUGUAUACUUCAUGUAAAAUCUACUAACUUAGAGCCACUCUUUCAGUAUCCUGGGGAAUACAAGAGUGCAGAAAAAUCCAUAAUCUUUCCCAAAUCAUACAGAAAAAAAUGCAUCAAAUACAUCUUAAGCCAUCAUUUGAAUUCCACAGAAAAUAAAAUAGAGAGUGUAAUCAUAACUUCAUGUUUAGUAUGGAAAAUGAAAAAGCCAAAUAGUUUAAGUGCUGGAAAACACAUUGAACUGAAGUCAGCAACACAAUCUAUGUCCAUUAUAGACAAUGAAAAAUGUGUAUGUGAAUCUGAAGGCAGAAGUCAGUCCUUAAAGCCUUGAAAUAAUGAAUGUUAGCUUUCCAGCCCUUUGACUUUGCAGCAUAACUGUUCUCCAAGUACAGGGAAGAGACUAACAAAUUAAAUAUUUCAAUGAGCCAUAAUAAUUCUUGACCUUUAAAGUGAGGUAUGGCAAUUUCUCCAGUAAUUCAACAGAGUUUAUUCAGCAAUACAGAUGGAAAUGUUCUACUAGGAUACCCUAGCGUUGUGAAGAUGAGACUUUAGACAAGUCUACUGAGGUGAUCUAAUGUCCACUGAAGUCAAUGUGAGGGUCAACUGCAGCUGACUUACCAUAGGUGUUGGAUCAAACCGUCACUGAAUAUUUUUUCCUGUACAGUUUUUGUUUUAGAUGGUGUUUCUUUAUGCUUGCUUGCUCUUAUUCUUCCACAUUGUUUAGAUCUGCAGCUGUGCAGUGAGUUUAAUUAUCACUAAUUCCAAAGAAAAGGUGAAAUAAAGAUAGCAAAAAGAAGUAAAAACAACCUACCAGGUGCCAUUUAAGACUUGCUUUGUGUGUUGCUAGGAUGAAAUGUUCCUAUGUAUGGAGGAGGUGGCAGAAUGCCUGCGCCUCAUUUAAGCCCUACUGAAGAUGUUUUGGGGGUAGUAAAUGUUCCACUGGCAGGCCUAAGAGCAGAGAUUUCCACUGACAUCAUCUAAAGCUUCUUGCAGGUGGCACUGUCUGACCCUGCUCUCCUUGUGCUCCACACGGUGCAAAGCUGGUACAAAGUUUUGGUUUCCUGUAUGCCACCCGUCCCAGUGUUUCACACAGCACGGUGGUAAAACCACCAAAUCUGCAGUCCCCUGCACCUGUACCUUAGGGCUGUAGGGUAGGCUGUGAUGCAGUGGACACAGAUGGGCAUUCCUGUUGGGAAGUCUUCUCAGCUUCACCAGAGCUGUGCUACUGAAAUCAGUGCAAGCUGGAUCUGUGGCUUCCAGGCCAUGGCAAAUCUGACUCUGAAGUGAAGGAGAGGGAAAGACAAAAAGACAGGUGUGGGCUUCGGGGUGCUGUCAGCAAGACAGCUGCCCAGCUUCCAGAGGAUGCCAACCAGCUGGCUGCUGUUAGCGCAGACUCAUCUUUUCAUGGAAAUGAUUUUAAUAAGUUGCGGUUAAAAAUAGUUUUGCAGUGCUGGUUUUGCUCUCUGUGGGAUGUUGUUUCUGGUGCCUGCUGGUGAGAACUCGCACAGUUUCUCUCAGUGUGUGCUGGUGUGCCAGGACUAGGAGCUUGUUAGUGAUGCCGGGGCAGAGCUCAGCCAGGGAGCCAAUGGCUAGGGAAGGUUUCAUCCUGUGUUUCUGCCCCAUCAGCACUCAUCUUGGCACUUCCCUGCGGCAGCUAUUGCAGGAUCUGACCUGCUUCCCCACCUUCCUGUUCCUGUGCUGGAGGACUUGUCUGGGUCCCUGCUGGCCUCUCCUCUUCCUGCCCCGCUUUUCUGGGAAAAGUUGCCUUGAGCUUGUCUUGUAAGGGAAAAGAAGUCACCCCAUGGUAUAGCUGUGUUUCUUUGCUCAAGCCCCACAGAACGUACCUUACAAUGAAAUUGUUUCUCCCACCAUUACCAGACUUGGGGCUUGGAAAUGGUACCCAACUUCUGUGGGUAGGACCUAGAUUUAUUGUUUCAGAGUGGGUUAUUCUACAUGGCCUAUUUAGCGUGGUAAUUCCACAGAUUUUCUUGUCUCCAAGAAAGCAUAUCACUGGCAGCAAAUAUGUUCUGUUGCAGGCAGGUGUUUGAAACGCUGAUUCACAUCAGUGCUGUAAUUCAGUCUCACCACAGACCUUGACUUCAUGAACAGGAGCCAAAAAUGCUCAGUAUGACCCAGGAGAAAGAAAAGGGGCACUCCUGGGUUUUGAGCUAGGAGAGAAUAAAAAGCAUUUCCCAUGAUUUUGAGGCUUUCAACCCGUAUACAGUCUUGCUUUUUGUUUUCUACAGUCUGAAGAUGGUUUGUGUUAACGCCCAGGCUGUGGUCCGGGUGAGGUAGCCUCUCUGAUAACCUUAACUUAGCAAGGCAGGUCAACGAAUUUUGCUUGUCUGGUUGGGAAAUAAAUUGUUCAACAUGUGUGCUUAUUGCAAGAGCCUUGGUAGUAUAAGGGUAUUUCUGUUUUGCUUUGUGGCAUCUCUAUUAAUUCCAGUUUCCAGUUGGUGCUGAUGGCAGAUUGCCUGGCAAAUUCUGGCAGGGCAGCCCCAAACAGACUGCUUUUUGAAGCAGUUAAACACAUAUGGCCAGAACAUGAUACCCAAGCAGUAUCAUAUUCCAAAAAGUAGAUAUAUUAGCUUUGAAGGGCAUUUAGCACUACGUAUUAUCCAAUCUUUAUCUGUGGACAGUUGCAAGGAAUUGAGCGACCACAGCUUUAUGAAUUACCAUUGGUAUCAAGUCCCUGGGAGCGCUGUUAGCUGACUGGGAGGACGACUUCUAGUUUCAACCACUGUCAUGUUGGCAGGAGGCUAAGAUAGAUGUCUCACUUACUUUGGCUCAGCUGACCGAUGGUAGCUCAACUGUUUGUAACUGACUACCCACACCCUGGCUGAGGGUGUCAAAACCUGCUCCACCAGUAAGCUGCAAGUUCACCACGGUGGUGUGCAGCUUCCCUUGUGAUAAGCCACAUGUGGCAGUGUGGUCAAGAGGCAGUGCUGCAAACUCCUACAAGAUUUCCUCUGCCGAAGCAAAGGGGGCUGGGCUAUCUCACCAUGGCUCUGAUGACCACUGCCUUUUCCCACGGAAUCAAAAGUGCAUCUCGCAAAGCACCAUGCUGCUCCUGCCCAACAUGCACAGCCUGUAAGCCGGUGGCUGGCUGGGGUCACCUGUAGAGAUGCACUGCAGGAGGUCGACUGUGCUCCUGAAUAAAUUCUGCUCUGAUGUAAAACAGUGCUUUUGCCCUACAACACAGGCACUGAUUUUCAUAAGAAGCUGGAAGCUGUGUCCAAAAGGGGCUUGGUUUUCUCUCUCUUCUUUCCCUUCCUUUUUCCUGCCAGUCACCUUUCUUUGAUCUGGACCCUUUCAAUGACUCAGUUAAACUCACUCACUGCAGAAAACCAAUGAAGCAAAAAAAGAUGGAAGGAGUAUAGUUUUCUGCCAGAUCACUGAACUGAAUUUGCUCAAAGGAGGUUCAAGUAUUGAGGGGCAGAGCUAGUUGUGGGAGGAGAUGGAGGAAGCAUUGCAAGAUGUUCUUCUAUCAGUUUUGGAAAAUGAUUAGACUAGCUCAGCUACUGCAACUUUGGAAACCCAUCAAAAGAAAAACGCAAAUUGAGAGCCUUACAUAUAGUUUGCAGACAUGCUAGUUGCCUUCAGAACCAUCUACCAGCUUCUGAGAGAUUUCUUCAGUGUUAGCAAGAAAAAAAUUUGGCUUUGCGCUUUCUAUGGACACUCAUGCCCCUUAAGAAAGAGGCCAGAUGCAGAGGCCAGCACGCUGUGUGGGUGAAUCUGCACUGAGGUUAGCACGGGCCUUUCCAGGCAGCCUUCUCAAGGGAACCACGACAGCAAGCCAAGAGUCAGACUGCAGCAUUGUGGAUUAUACAUAGAUGUCACUGAAUUGAUCUGGAUGCAGCUGUACACAAUAGAUGCACUUGGAUCUGUUCAUAUGAUUACACAGUUAGUUGGGCAAAGCUGUGGACACCUGGACUGCCAGCUUAAGCACUGUUUCAUUAAUCACUUAUGUAUGUAUGUAUAACAUUGUGGGUUCUAUUCAUGCAGGUAAUUAAAGUUGAAAUCUUUGAUAGCUGGGUGUUGCAAACUGCCUAUUUUACUUUAAAAUACAUUUUUACACGUAAGAAUGUAUUUUUAAGUACAGGAGAAUGAAAUCUCAUUGUGAACUAUGUUGUAGAUUAAAGUGACAAGGUACCUUAAAAACAACAGCACACACCUUCAUUUACAUAAUGCAAUAAUUCUAUGAAAGUAACACCCAGGCUAUUGAAAUAGAGGACAAUCUAACAAUGGAAACAGCUGCCCUGUUGCACAUUACAUUUCUUGAGGAAUAUCAACAAUCUGGAGUUAUUUUGUCUUUGUAUUUUAGAAGCUGAUGUGCACUGCUAUUUCAUUUAUAGUGUACGUGCCCUCUUCUUUCUCCUAGAAACCUGUGUAGGAAGUAGAUGAAAGCUACAGGAUAUACUGCUGUGUCUGCUUUUCUCAGAUGUUUGUGGUUGGAUCUCGUUCUGCUGCUUGCAUGAGUAAUGUGUGGUGCAAAGGUGUCAGUCAGGAAGAGCAGAUGUUGUGUCAGUCAAGAUUUUGGGCUGCCCUAGCAAUUGAAACAGCCUUAGAAAAAAACUGAAAUUCAUGUUGCAUUAGGUUUCCUCCCUGUUCGGCUCGUAUUUACCCUUUCUUGUCACAGUGUUUGCGUACAUACUGUAACUGCAUUGACUGAUAUGACUAGCACAUGUGGUGCAUGGACUGAUCAAUCCUCCUCCCUCUAGACAAUAAGCAGCAAGUGACUGUGAUUGACUGGUUGGUCUUCCCUUUCCCUGACAUCUCUGCUCCUUUCAGCAGCGCAGUCCUAUCAUAUGCCUCUCUCCCAGCAUCUUCAACAUGGGGAAAGGGGACUGCUGUUUGGCUGAGAACUCCCUCCCUGCUUGUCAAGUGACCUUGUGUUUUGGGGAUAACACGGCCAGGGUGGACAGCCUCACCUUGGAUACACAGGGGUUCAUGGGCUACUGCUCGCCAGCACUGUGGAGGCUUCCAGCUCUCAUAAUACUCAGAUCAGUGUAAGUGUGUGGCCAUGCAGCCAGAUUAAUGCACUUUUUAUGAUUUUUCACUCUGUCCACUCAAACUUUUCAUGGAUGUUUGAAACAUUCCCCUUCUCUUCUGCUUUUUGUGGGAGAGCUUUCAUAUGAUGAAAUAAGAUGACACUCACUCCUGUAUAGGGGACCAGAACUGCAUCUAUGCACUGUUUGGCCUUCCUCUGACAUCCUCAAAACAGCACUGAAAUGAUCGAUCCUGGACAGCACACAAAUCUUGGGCUCACUCUCUAUAAUAGAAAUCUUACGUGGUGCAAGCCACAGGGAAGCAGGAUCUCCCUGACAUUUGGUACUCCCAAAGGCACUGUGAAUGUAGUGGAAGGAGGAAUGUUUACAAGAUGCAGAAAUGUCAUUUAAUUUCUUGAAAUUAGCUAGUUCAUGCCUCUGUGUUAAGGUAGAGACAGAUUCAACCAUAUGCCAUUAAAUGUGGCUGGAAGUGCAUUUGCAUUUUUAAAGCAAGGUCUUUAGCUAAAUUUUUGUGUGAAGAGAUGACUUUGUUUCACCUUAAGUAGAGUUGCUGUCCUUGUCCUUAAGAGGUAGGAGCACUGCCUUUUCUUUCUGUGUUUUCAUGUAUGUGUUGAAUCCGUUCUCUUACUGCUGAGGCAGAGUGUGAAGAGAGGGCAGUCUAGUAUACAGCAUGGCUAUAUUCUUAGAGAAAGAAACUCAGAUUAUACUUUCAGGUGAUGGUCUCCGUGUGCUGAGUGUGCCUUGCUGGUGGGGAACAGUACUGUGCAUCUCCUGUGAUGUCUGUGCUGGCUCUGCAGAGACAGUGUGGGUGUUGCUGCACCACUCUCCAAAAAUUGAGAACUGGGGCAGCUGGGCAGGGACACCCACAUCAGGUAGGCAUCUGCUCACCAAGGAGAUGGGAGGAAGCCUUAAGCGCAAUUAAAUGGCAGUGCAUUCCCCAUGGUGCUUGAUGGACAGUGUAUGACUGACACACGAGGCUGCACUGUGUCUCCUCACGGGUUAUACAAAGCUAAAAGCCACCAGGGAUGCUAGGGGACUGGUUCUUCUAGCUAGCUGCUUCACCUCUUCCAGAGCAGCAUAACUCUAGCGAGCAAUGGAGUUACCCUUCUGAGCAAAAGCAGGAUUGCCAAGUUUCUCAGAGUCCCCUCAAAAUACAUGGUUGCACUGCUACCAGCUCCACUCAGGCAGAUCAGAUGCCAGCUCAUUUUUCCCCACCACGCUCUGGCUGCAGUCCUGUGAAGCUGUGCUGAAGUUGUGCUCUAGCACCUCUCCUCCCAGUGCAAUGCUGCAAAGUUAAAAAGACCCACAGCUCGGAGACAUUUGUGAUCUUGUAGGAAAGCUUGACCUUAGCCAUUCAUAGGAGUAUGUUCAAAGCAAGAGUGAUAUCUAAGCUUUAGCUUCUACUCUGAGGAGAAAAAAAAAUAGUUUGUCACAAAAUUUGCUUGUUACAUGAACUGAUGGGUUUUAACAUAGUCUCUAGAGUUUCUUUCUCAAGUGAGGAAUUCAUCUCCUGUUUUCUCCCUGAAUUGGUAAAUGUUAGAGGGUAAUACAGACAAAAUUCUAUUUGUUUUAUUAUAUGAAUGUGAUUAAAUGAACUUUCCGUGCAUUGGAAAUGGACUUUCUGUUUCAAAUGGAUUAGGAGGUUUUUGCCUAAUCUUUUAUACUGGCACUCAGCAGUCAUUAAACAGCACAGUGUCCAAAAAAAUCAAUAGCCUUUCAGAUUUGGAUUUGAUCUUUUGUAAUUCAUAAAAGAUUUGUUCACAAAAUCUGGGAUUUCUAAGAGACUGGUGAAGAAGGUGCUAACAUUGAAAUUCAGUAGGAUAGAAUUUCAGUGGGAAUUAGAGGAAAUGUUUAGCUCUUUCACAUUACUUUGGAAAUCCCAGCCUGUGUCUAUUGCAUUCAUGGAAUUUGAGUUUUUUGAUUAGUACUGUUUUAGACCGUCCAAAAUGUCUAGCAAAUAACCAAACAGCCAAAUAAGGAGAAAAAAAUCAGGAAAAUACAAAAUGUUGUUUUGGACAAAGAUAUUGUGAGCGUUAUUUUUACACUGUAAAAACAAACUCUUAAAAUUAAUUUGGCAGAUACUAUCUUUGCCAUUGCAGCUGUUCUUUUUGAAUGAAUAAAACUCUCUAACAUUUCUUAUGCCUAGAAUUCAAUCUACUUUAUGAAGGCAGAUCUUGCUGUGAAUGUCCUCCCAUCACUGUAGCGUAUUCUUAGCUGGUCUAAAUGGCAUGUAGCCUGAGGUAGCCCCUGGUCUGCUUUAAAUUGCUCCUACCAGAAUUCCUCCUUCCCUUCUACUCUAUGUAAUGUCCUUAUUACAUGUCAAACUUCCAGCCUGAAAAAAGCCAAUGCAGGAGUCAUACUUCAGCAUUUGUAUCUUGAGCAGUGGAUGCAAAUAGACAGGAAAGGAAAAGCAGUAUUAACUGGCUUUGAAAUGAUUAUGGUAACUUUUGUGUAGGCAGACAAAUCUUCUCCUAGUGACUCUGAGACUGAAUGUCCACUGAGUUAUGACUACAGAGUAAAAUACGUUGUGGAGCCCCUCAUUUUGUGCAUGUUGUUUAUCUUUCAGGUCUUGCAGUCUUCACUUUCUGUGGGAGCUUUUUCUGCAAGCUCCAUGAAAGCCUGGGCUCCUUUCAUUGUAUGAAAUGCAAUGCAUAAAUGUCUAGAGCAUUCAAAGAUAUGUGGACAGAAUGUGACAUGAAAUGUCUUAAGAGAGUCUGAAAGCUGGCAUGUUGGGAAGUGGUGAGAACCGCAUUUUGCUGUGGUUUACGGCAGUGCCUGCAACCCUGGUGGUGCUGUUGUGCAUCCUGUGAACAGGGUUUGGUGUGUGGGAAACACAUGCCUGUGCCUUGUGUUUCCAGCCAGCUCAAGCUCUUAACCAUGUACCUAGCUGUGAGCACAUGACCAGCCCUAGUGAAACAAAUCUGUAAAAAGUGCACAGCGAAGUGCUUCACCUGGCCAUAGUUGCAUUGUCAGUUGCCUGGGUGAUCCCUGUAUCUCAGGGUCAUCUUCAAAUCUGUGAGAGCAGACCAGAUUAUUCAAGAUGGAAAAGAAAGCAAUGGCAGGGUACGUAGGUGCAAUAAAGACAGUUGAAAGGCACUGGGAAAGCCUGCAAACACAACAGAACUUUUUGUCUUCUCUCUAAAGAAGGCAAGCAUAAUCCUCAUCUCUAAGCUGUUCUUUAAUAUCCUACUUUGCUUCACACUGGAAUUAGAAAAUCUUUUCCAUUUGUUUUAAUUAUCUGGUGGCUUUAACUCUGCCUUUGAAAAGCAUUUUUGCUAUGACAACCCUUGGUCUCAUGGUGAGCUGUGCUAGGAAAAAACAGCUAAAGUAAGGCUUUUAUCUUUCCCUGCAUACUGUGUUUAAUCUUUUUAAUCUGAUAAUGUGAAUGUGUUUUCUCCCAUUUUAUCAACUGGCAAGAUUAGCACUGUUUCUCCCCAAAUAGCGGUUCAUAAGCAUAGUUUGCUUCAGCAGUACCAAAUUUCCACCUAACAAUGUGAAUUUUCCUAAGUGACUGAUUCAUCCUCAGUAUUAAACCUCUCUCUAAGGCUAAGUUCCACUCACUGGCUUUUCUAACUCUGCCUGAAUUAUAAUCACAACUCAACUUUUUUAAGAACUGUUUUUAAAAAAGUAGAUUUUGUUAAUUUUUUGUUUUGAUUUAUAAAAAGUAUUUGUUAAAAAAAUUCACUGUCUUGCCAAAUAUUAAUAAUAAUAUUUCUAUGCAUUGUGUGAUUCAGUGAUGUUGCUGUUGAGAUGUUGCAUGUUUUGUAAAUCUGACAUCUGUACAUUUACGUGAUACUUCUAGAAAUGCUAACUGUUGCUGCUAUAAUCACCACCAUUGUCGUUAACUGAGAAAUGUACUAAGAGGCUGUGCCAGCUAGCAGGUUUUAUGUAUAUCAUGAUAAAAAUGUACAUUCUGCUGUUCAUUUCCUGUUUUAAGCCAGUUUUUAAUGCCUUCUGUAGAAGGAAUCAUUAUGUUGUGGUAGACAGGAGGUGCCAAACUUCCAAUAUCUUGUUCUGCAUAGAUGAUCACUUAUCAGGAUGAUGGUUAAAAAACAGUUAAAAAAAAAAGAGAGAGAGAGAGAGAGAGAGAGAGAGAGAGAGAGAGAGAGAGAAAAGCAACCCUCCAUCUUUCCUGAAAGUGUCUUCUCAUUAAUUAAAAAAAAAAAAACUUCAUAGAGCUAAAAAAAAAGAAAAUCUUCCCCUGCUACACAUACUGCAGCAGUAUGACAACUGUAAAUGUAUGGGGUAAGAUGGGGUAAGAAGGAAUGUGUAAUCCCAAAUAUUCCCAUUAGUUACAGAUCCAGUGAUUAGCGAAGCCAUUUGGAGUAAUUGUGGAACAUUCUAAAAACGCCUUUUAAUGAAAGCAAUCCUCUGAUUAACAUAAGAAACUGUUAGCGCUCAUAACAGUUGUGAGUCUGCUCUUGAAAACAAGUGCCAGCUUGGUCAAGUGGUGGAUUCCACUCAGUUUUCUGCCUCCACUGAAGCCGCUGGAGCUAUGUUGCUGCAAAAGAAGCCUUCAGUCAAAUUCAAGCCCAAGAUUGUCGGUCUAAUUCUUUUCAAGUGUUUUCCUGCCAGACAAGCCCUGCUUAUCAUAAUUCUGAGACUCCAUUUUCCGUUCCUUUUCCACCCUCUCCUUAGAACCUGGCAGUAUAACAAAUACUGUUAUAUACUGUAUACUGUGUAUACACAUACACAGGGCUGAUGAGUUCAUUCUGAUUUUGGUAAGACUUCGACAGCCUGAAAUCAUACCAUACUGUAAUCAUAAAACAGAAACAGGCUGGAGAGGAAUGCUGAAAUGCAUCUGUCUAACACCUUUUUCUACCUCAAGGCAUGGUCACCUAUACCUAGACUGUUCUUUAAAACACUAUUUUAUCCAGGAAAAAAAAAAAGGUUAACCAUCGAUUUUACAUCUUUACUGAGAGGUGCAAAGGAGAGAGAUCUUUUAAAUAUCUUGAAUAUACUUUUCAAGUUAGAAUACCAAGUUGCCAGAAAAACUGUGUGACUGGUAAAAUAACAAUAAAUUGAACUCAUACGUACAGUUACUAUUUUAAAGCCAGCUCUGUGCCCCAACAGAGAGAACAAUUGCAAUGUGUUUCCUCAUUGUUUUGCUGCUCUUGUAGUCACUUACAUGAACAAAUGCCUCCACUAGUGUGAGUGAAGAGUUUUGACUCAGUAGAGCUCCUGCCUAUGUGGCCCUAACAUUAAAUAUGCAAGGCAGUGACAGAGGGUCUUUUCUCUUUUAUUUCUUCCAGUUAUAGCUAGAUCUUACUCUCCACUGUCCCAUCAGUUGCACUGGGUUUACCAGUUGGUCUUUCUGGCUUUUUCUUCCUGUUGGCCCCUGGGUUCCUACAGCACAACAGCUGUUUCUUUUUUUUUCCCAUCUUUUUCUCUUCUGUUGUGAAACUAGACUUGUCUGUGUUUCCUUCAGCUAAAUUUGAAUCAACAAAGUGAUCAACACCACUUACUUAGUACUUUGCAAGCUGGAAAUGCAAUUGUAGUUCUGCAGGUGUAGACCUGGAGUUAGAUUGCUGUCAGUGGCAGGUGAAAGGCUCUAUUGCAACUGUUCCUUUUUUAUCACCAUUCACUGGUUUCAAGUGCUGGUAUUAAUACUGUGGUGGAUUAGAUAUCACCUUCCAAUCACUGUGAUGCCUUCUGUGUACAUGUUUGAUUGUCAGUCUUAUGGUCUGGUAAUUGCAUGUUGUCUGAAUUGCACUAUUUUGCAGGACUUUUUUUUUUUUUUCUCAGAGAAAAAUGCAGCAUUUUAGGCUCAGCUUCUGAAAGGAGCCAAGAAAGAGUUAUUUAUCCAAACCUCAGUGGAAUUUGGGGACUUGUUUUUUUCUCAGAACCCUUUGCAAGCCCCAAAACCUUGCAGAGCUCAGCUAUUUAAGAUACAGAUGUUAGCAUGAAAAGCGAUACAUUUCUAGCAUUAAAAAUGCAGCCUUCUGUACACAUGGCACUUUCUUAAACAGAUCUCUUGCUCCCACGUUUGGGAGAUCAUAAUAACCAUUAUUUACUGAGGAGAAGUAAGAUUUUGAUGCUAAAUUCUACAAAUCCGGAAUAUCUGAAGGGAAGGGAGAGAUUACUGGAUUCUUUUCUGAAAACCUCAGCAAAAAUGUGAACUGUGGUCCAUUUUCAAAGCCACCUGGUUGACUGUUGUCCUCAAAUUAUGGUCUGUCUGGAAGAAAUCAGGUUCCACAGGGGCUUGGGGAAAAUGAACAAACAGAUUUCACCAGUGUAAGUGAGGAAAGACUAUACAGACUACUUUGGGCCUCAGAUUCCAGACUGGGUUUACAGAGCUGGCAAUUUUUACCUGUCAGCUGCAUGCGGUUUGACUUGGAGCAGAUAAGGUGCAAUGUGGAUGCCACAUCGCUGUCUCUGCUGUGUAUUUCAAAGAAGGAAACUUCAUACUGGGUAAGGUCCUUCACAGGUAAAGACCUAUAAAUUCAACAAAAUUGUCUGUCAUUUAUGCCGAUUGAGAUAUGGCCUUUUUUUGUUGCUGCAAGACACCUUUCUCCUCUUUAAUUAGGAUGGAGCAAACAUAUGGAGCAAGCACUGCUGCUUGCUUCACCACAGUUUGCUUAGAUCUCUCCUUAAAAAAUGCAGUUUUGUAGUUUGAGAACAAAAGGGCACUCAAUGAUAAGAAGAAAAUAAAACCAAGAGGUCUUUUUUUUAUGGUGCCUGAGCUUCUUCCCUUGCUCAGCUUUCAGAUAAUUAGGCUUUUGAAAAUAAUGGGUUUGGUUGUGUGUUAAUUGGAGUAUGACAUUUACUUUCACUGAUCUGCAAAUUCCAGAGAGAUUCUGAUCUUUAUCACACUUCAGCUCCAUUUUUAUUACCCUUCCAAUAAUUUUUAAGAACUCUGGUUCUGCUGCAUUAGAGAUUGAUUUCACUGUCUGUACAAUGUUUGCUACUAUGGUAGUGUGACUUUUUAAUUUUUAACAUUUGUAUUGGUACAGCCUUAAACUUAUAGAAUUAAAGACCGUUUCAAACAUAAUCAAGAUAAAGUCAUUGAUGUCUGUGAUAAGUGCAUGCUUUAUUCACAGUAUUCUGUCUGUAAUUAGGUAUAGUGACCAAUUCUCAUUUAUUUAAUAAACUGUUUUCUGCAAAA